CGGCCCGGCCCGGUUCCCCCGGGCACCGGGACAGUCCCGCCAGCGGUGCGGGCCGCCCGUAUCCCCCGCGCCCCCGCGCUGCGCGGAGCCCCAUGCCCGCCGCCGGCUGCCGCGGCCGCCAUGGAGUUCCCGGCCGCUCUCUUCCCUUCCUACUUCGGUGCCGGCCCCCCUCGGGAAGAGGGGGGCCCCGCGCCGGCGGCCGGCUGGGGCGAGUACGGGCAGGUGCUGGACGCUGGUCGCGACCCGCACGGGGCUGAGACGACGUUCGUGCCCCGCUGUGGCAGGACGGGCGAGAGCUGGGAGCCUGCCGACGUUGCUGCUGUGCCCAUCCUACCUCCCAACACGAGCUGCUGGGUCCCCUCGCUCGUGCCUGAGGACAUCCUUUACUGCGGGGUCCUCCACAGGAAGCUCCGGUCGGGCAAGUCUGGAGCUGCUCUCAACUUCACCAAACAGCUGGGUCACUUCUUUGUGGAUCACCCAGAAGAUGCAUUUGGUUCCCUGGGGCAACUGCUGCACAAGAACUUCUACCUGGGCAAUGCCAAGCUGAGGAGACGGGCCCGAGACACCACCAUCCGGAUGACAUCCCUGGUUGAGGAAAUCAACCGGCUGGAGGCCAGGCGCGGCUGUCCCCAGCAGCCCCUCACGUACCGCAUCCGCUGGUUCUCCCACCUGUGCCGCGACUGGCUGUUCGAGGUGCCGCUGGACCUGCUGGCGGACUGCGUGCACGACGAACUGGUGCUGCAGUGGGCCAGCCUGCUCUUCGACGACACCUCCACAGGGGGAGCGCUGGCCUGGCUGCCCCCCGAAGACGCAGGCACGCACACAGGCCGUCUGGUGUACCCUGGAGGGCAGGCCAUGAACCACCUCUAUUUCCAGGAUGUGACGCUGGGUGAGGUGCCCCGUGCCCGGGGCUCCCCAGCGCAGUUUGAGCUCAACGGACGCAUCCGGCAGGUGGCCGCCGCCCAGGUGGAUGGGGAAGGUUUUGUCGGUGUCCGCUCGGACUAUCACUGUGGAGUUUGGAGGGUGCCAGGCAGGAUGGGCGCUGCCCCUACCCCGCUGCAGGUCAUCCGUACCAACGUGCCUGCCUGCUGCCUCACUGUCAGCCCUCAUCUCCCCGGGGAGCUGGCGGUCUGCACCCAGAGCGGAGCUGUCUACCUCUGGAGCGUCGAGACAGGGCUGCAGCAGCUCCGUCAGGACCCCCAGACCAUGUUUUUCCGGGAUCAUUCAUCCUGGUGCUGGAGCGAGUUCACUGCCCACCCGCGGGUGCUGAGCUGUGCUGACCGCACCGGCCUGCAGUGCCUGGACGUGCGGGCACCUGAGAGAUGCCACUUCGAUUUCUUCAAGGUGGGUGAAGAAGCCGGGUGCCAGCAGGGUGAGCGCGUGGUGCUGCCCAUGUACCUGGGCAGGGCUCACCCCUCCCAGCACCUUGUUGCCACCCAGUUUGCAGUGUAUGUGAUGGACGAGCGCUUGCCACUGGUGCCUAUGCUGAAGUGGGCUCACAUGAUGAAGGACCCCCCGCUGUUUGCCCACGUGGUGCCAGGGGUCCCCGGCAGGAGCCAUAAGGUGCUGCUUGGCGCGUCCCGCACCCAGGAGCUGUUGCUGCUGCAAUACACGGGGGGCAGCAGGUCGGCCUGCCAGCUUGCCGGGCCUCCGCAGAAGCUGCACAGCAUCUCCGGCUGCCUGCAGCACCUGCCCACGCAGCUCCCACACCGACACCGGCUGCUCCAGCAGCGCCUCGGCGCCCCGGCUGCCGGGCUGGCGGCGGUGCUGCGCGCGCAAGGACCGCGGGAGUCCCUGCUGGUGUUCCAGCUCUCCGAGGCUGGGGACGUCUUCUACCAAACCCUCACGCACGAGGCAGCACAGCCCAGGGCUCCCGACCCGGAGGACGGGGACGCGGUAGCCCCCAGCGCUUCCUCUGUGCCGGAGGCUCCAGGCGGGAGCGCACCCGGCUCUCCACCUGCCUCUGGCAGUGAGGAAGAGGAGGAGGAGGAGGAGGAGGAGGAGACCUUCUACUUGUCCAAUCUGGAGGUGAUUGUCAACGAGGAGGGGGAAGAGGAGGAAGACGAGGAGGUGGGCACACCAGCAGCUCCGGAGAAAGCCCAGCACCCUGAGGAGCCCCGUGCCAGCCCCUGUCCCUUGCCGGCUGUGCCCAGCCCAGCAGCUGCCCUGCGGUACCGCCGCUGGCUGAAGGCGCUUUUCAGGGACUGGCGGGAGCUGCCCCGGCAGACGGGGGUCCGGGCGCUCCCCACCAUCAGCCAGAAGCGCCUCUUCACCAGGAAGGACCUGGAGCCGCCGGCCGGGGCCAGCGACCUGUGCGUGCAGGCGCGCGAGCAGCUGCGCCGCGCCAUGCGGGAGCGGGGCCGCGUCCGGCACUGGGACCCGGCGCCCGCCCCCCAGCCCCUGCCGCAGCCCGUGGAGCCGGCAGCGUGGCCCGACGCCCUGAGCGCCCGCCUCACGGCGGCUUGGGCCGGCGACUGGAGCCGCUGGUGGGAAGAGCGGCUGGGCUUGAACGUGGCGCAGAGGCAGCGGGCGCUGCGGGAGCGCCGGCGGCGGCAGAAGCGGGCGCGGGGGCACCGCAGCCUGUCGGCCAGCUUCACCUCCUCUGUCACCUACCAGUCGGAGCUGUCGGAGCUCAGCGACGGGGCGCCUGCUUUGGCCCCGGCCCCCCCGCUGUCCCCCGGGCACCCCGAGGCCCUGCCCCAGGUCUUCGCCGAGGCCUGGGGGGGUUCCGCGGGGGGGAGCGGCGCCUCGCGCCCCCCGUCGCCGCCCCCCGCCGAACCGCUGCUCUCCUCCCAGACGCUGCGCUCGCGGGGCAUCCCCAAGGAGCGGCGCAGGACGCUGCGGGACUACCUGGCCGUGUGCGCCGAGGGGCCCCCCGAGCCGCCGCCCGAGCCCCCCGGCAGCCAGCUCUCCAGCCAGGGGGGCCAGCUGCGCCUCCCCUCCUCGCAGAGCCAGCUCUCGGGCUCGCAGCCCCGCCGCAAGCGCCCCCGCAUGGGCUUCUGACCCCCCCACCCCACCCCAAUAAAGUGGCCGUGGGGCAGCG